AUGAUUGAAGCAGAGAAGGAAACGAACAGUCCCGAGGAGUCCACUGCCGGAGACGAUGCCGGCCACUCCAAGGGAUCCAUGUCCAAGGAUAAGGAAUGCCAAUACUGCCACCAGGCCUUCACGUCCUCGUCGCUAGGACGCCACCUUGACCAAUACCUCUUCAAGAAAAAGCCUGAUGGAAUCCACGACGUCGACGAAAUCCGCCGCAUUCGCAGUGGCAUCACCCGACGCCAGGCGCGCACGUCAAGCAAGCACGACAGCCCGGAGGUUGGUGGAAAAGGUUACGACUCGACAGGAGGCAGCGCUCAUGACCCAGUCGCACGGCCACGAGAAGGCCCCAGGUUUUUAUUCAACACUCCAACCUGGCAUUCAACUGGAGUAAUAAACAAUAUCCCCGACCACAGUUCGCAAGAUGCGACCGUUGCCUCGCGCCCACCACCCUUUCAGUCACGAGCAGUCUCGAAUGGACCGGUGGACUCGACCAUUCGUGCAGCGACAUCAAAAGACGCAGACACGAUCAGAGCACUGGAGCUUGCUUUGCGCGAGGUCUUGGACAAUAUCAAAGCCGCAACAGCAACAACCAGCUCCCGGCUAUCGCCAUUUGAAUUCGACGUGCAAGCUCAGACUUACCCCUCCCUUGUGCUUAAGAUGCUUCCCUCCCCUCCUACACUAUUUUCGUCGCACCCGUUUCCGACUACCGCAUCCUUCCCUCUUGAGCCACCUGGCGUGGGCCAGGUUGAAGUUGUUCGGCAUGCUCUCCGAACCCAAAUUGAACAGUGGCGCAACGAACAAUUAUCUGUAUCUUCUACAACCAUGGCUGGUCCUCGCGGCAGCAGCACCUUCCAAGACCCAUCCCUGAUCAAUAGGACAGCUCAACAGCACGAAGAAAUGAGUUCGCGACAUCUAGACCUUGCCUACCAAAAUUGGAUGAUUCUUCCAACAGACGUGAAAAGUGAUUCUUGGCGCUUGGAAAUUGCCAGAGCAUUUUCGCGUGAGCUAGAGAAGCGCAAAGAGGCUGAAACACAACUUGCUAGAUUCCAACAAGAAGCCAACCAGCUCCGAGCCCAAGUGGAAAGGCUAGGCUCUUGCCAGUGGCCCCGCGAGUUCGCACUAUUUCCGCCAGACAUGCUUCCCCUAUCGCGAGACGCUGCUCGUGAGCUAGGUGCGCGGAAUAGUGAGAGUGUCGGGCCUAGUGCUUCGAGAUGGGACUACGAUCAACUUCUUGCCAAAUGGAAACGGGUUGUGUUCCAUGACAAAAGUAUGGGACGAAUUGGACUGGGAACGUUUGGAGAAAACGACGAGCCCACGUCAGAUUCGACAUAUCGCUCUCGGGGCAAUGCAUUGAGCCCCGAAAGUAACACUGCUAGUUCCAGCUUCGCACAGGUGCCACCCAAUUCAAGCGGCACCUCUGGUCAACAAACGACCACUUACGGCUCUUAUGAUGCUCAUCAAGUAAAAAGACAACGGCUAAUGAACGGAGUCGGAAAGGAUUCUCAUGGCAUCUCGGACAGCAAAGGUUACAGAGGUAGUCCACAAAACACAAAUGGAAAUCCUACGACAUGGAGUCCCAACUCUGUACAGUCCUUGUUGUCAAAUAACCCAGCGCCACCUACGUCCGCUCCUACUCAUCGCUACGGGGGUUCUUGA